AUGAAGCUCGGCACCGGUGCUGGCUCUAACCGUGCGACUCUUCUGUCCCCGCCAGGCUUGGACCACGAGCUGGCCUUCUCUCGGCUCAUCGUGGAGCUGCGGCGGCUGCACCCAGGCCACGUGCUGCCGGACGAGGAACUGCAGUGGGUGUUCGUGAACGCGGGCGGCUGGAUGGGCGCCAUGUGCCUUCUGCACGCCUCGCUGUCCGAGUACGUGCUGCUGUUCGGCACCGCCCUCGGCUCCAGCGGCCACUCCGGACGCUAUUGGGCUGAGAUCUCGGACACCAUCAUCUCUGGCACCUUCCACCAGUGGAGAGAGGGCACUACCAAAAGCGAGGUCUUCUACCCAGGGGAGACAGUGGUGCACGGGCCUGGUGAGGCAACGGCUGUGGAGUGGGGGCCAAACACAUGGAUGGUGGAGUAUGGCCGGGGCGUCAUCCCAUCUACCUUGACCUUCGCGCUGGCUGACACAAUCUUCAGCACCCAGGACUUCCUCACCCUCUUCUACACUCUUCGCGCCUAUGCCCGGGGUCUCCGACUUGAGCUCACUACCUACCUCUUCGGCCAGGACCCCUGAGUAGCCGGGCCUGAAGGAGGACCUGUGGGUGGACAGGAGCGGGCAGGCCCGCACACAUCCACUUGCUGGAGCCCAUGUGAAAAGAUGGACGUACAACAUAUGUGGAUACUGAGUUCCUGGUAUACAAGUAGGGACAUACAUGCUUAUACCACCAAACACAGAGACUUAUGGGAACAUAUGGGACACACAUUUAGAUCAUGAAUCCCCAUGUAUACCAGGGGGUCCAGUCAUGUUCAAACAUAACACAAGCUUGACUCAUUAACUCAGGCCUUUCUAGAGCUUCCCUACCCCCAGUCAGAGCUCUGGAGUUAGGGCUGGUGGGGUAUUAUACUCUGCCUGAAUUUUACCCCUCAACCCAGCAGCAGUUGGGGAAAGGAUGUGGAAGAAGAGGAGUUGCCUUUGGAGGUCCCCUUCACCUGCAGCUAGGAUGUGCUUUCCCUUGAUUGCCCUGUCCUCACCAUAUGCCUUACCCCUGCUCUGUUCCCCUGCUAUGCAAGUCCCCUCGUGGCCUGUUCCCCACCCUCUAAGCACCCAAGUCAGUUGGGGAGCCAGAAGAAGGGAGAAUGCUGAGGUUAGGGUCUCUUCCAUCCUGAAAGACCACCAUUCUUCCCUCAGGAGUAUGGUGGGGAGGCUGACUUCAGCCUAGGGCCCACCCUGAUGGGAAGACCUGAAGAUGUGGGCCUAGAUCCAAUGGAUCAUCCCUGUCCUAGAGAGAAGGCCUUUUCUGUGCGUACACACACACACACACCCAUCACACACCCAUUACAGCUUUCAGACACUGCCUGCAUUUUCUGUCCUUCUGACUCUGUUAAUAAAAACCUGUUGAACAGUUC